GAGUUAUUUCAAAAACUUUGUACUGAAAAAGUUAUUUUAUUAUACAGUUUCAAGUUCCUGCAUUGGAUGUGCAUCUGAUUUAGUAACUGUGUGUGUGUGUGUGUGUGUGUGUGUGUUUAUUUUACACAACUAAUGUGACAGCAAUGUACUAUGGGUACUGUAUGCUGCCUGAUGGAAUACUGCCUUGCCCCACCGCCUCCUGGGAUUGAUGCCAGCCCUUAUUACACCUCGCUGCCCACUGGCAUGAUGCCGACUCCUCCUGCAUCUGGUCCUCCUCCUCCUCCCCCUGGCACUACACCUUCAUUGAAUCCUGUGGCUUCAAUCCCAUCAGCCCCCACUUCAGGUUCAGUCACUGUGUCAGCUCCUGCGUCGGCUCCGCUCUCACUUUCUGGUCCGGCCGCCCCUCCAACCUCCAGUUCUCGACCUCCUCAAACCACCGUUGUACCCCCCGUGCCGGCGGCUGCCGCCCCUGUCGCAGCCAUCAUCCCUCCUCCUCCCGACAUCCAGCCUGUCAUUGACAAACUAGCUGAGUAUGUGGCCAGAAACGGGGUGAAAUUCGAGAGCAGCGUACGUGCCAAGAAUGACCCGCGGUUUGACUUCCUGCAGUCCUGGCACAAGUACAACUCAUAUUAUGAGUUCAAAAAGCACUACUUCAUGCGGAAUAAGGCCUGAGCAUGCAGGAGG